GUCCUCGCCGGUCUCACAUCCUGGUACUUUUCACUACAUGGCAGCGACGGAGAAGGGCUGUUUCGGGAAGUGGCUGCAGUAUCCUGUGACUGUGCUUUAACGUUUAAACGUCUGUAAACAGUCCCGGAAAGUUAGGUGUAACUACCAGGUAAUACGCAUGCAUGUUUUUUUUUUACGCAGGUCUAAACGAUCGCGUUCAGUUGCCGUGUGUUUUCGCUGCAAACAUCAAGUCAGCCUCCGACACGAAGACAGAGGAGCCUGUGAGGAGAGAAGAGGAAGAAAUUGUCCAUUGUAGCUUGGGGUUGAAGACUGCUACCGUAAACGCAGUGAAAUACCGUUGUAUUCAUCUUGUUUUUAAACGCAGUUUCUUUUUUUAAUCAACGUGUAUUCCUUUAGACAUGAUAGACAAUGGUCAAAGGUCGACAUUAAAGAGGGAAUGUUUAAAAUAAACGAUUUGAACACUGAUUGAGAUACAGGCUUAAAGUGACUGACGUCUCUGCGUCACGAUUAUCCCAUUUGCACAUUAAGUUAUGCCAUUGUCCGCUGCUUCAAGAGUUGGAAGCUACAUUUCACUUUUGCAGUGAAAGUGGCCUGAAAAAAGGAGAACAACCUCACUUAAAGCAAAAUGUGACAAAAAAAGGUUCUCUAAAACAUCCCUUUCCCUGCCCUUUAGGACACAAUGGAGUUUGAUAUGUACAUCAGUAAACUGUGAUAAGGAUGACAUGACCAAACAGCAGGUAUGUCUAAGACAAAGACCUUGAGUAGGCAACGCUAUCGACCAGUAUCAGAAUUUGAUGAAGUCACUCUUGCUUGUAAAAGGGAGUACUGGAGGACUAAGAAAAGGGAGCAGAGAGCAAGAUUGUCUCUUGCCAAGAAGACGCCCAGAGCUCCAAAGACUGGCAGCUAUAGAUCCGUAUUUACAGUGCCCAGUCUCACAGAUAAACAUGUGUCAGAUAUACCUCAUUCCAACUUUCAUCCUGCUUUGCUCUCUACUAAUGGUUCAUACCAAACUGAAGAAUCAAAUGUGGAUGGUACCAUAAUAAAACUCAAUGGGGUGCCACUUACCAAGGACUUACCAGUGGCUGCAGCACCCAAACAACACAGGGUACACCUAAGCAACACAGAAACUCGACAGACACAGAAUAAAUUUUCAACCUUUAAUGACAAACUCUCAGGCAUUUCUCAGCCAGGCCCUGUUCCCCAGGUUACACCAGAGUACAGCAGAAUAGAAAAGCCGCAGAUUAAAAACUGUGCUCCACCCAGAUCCUUGGCCUUUGGGGAAUAUAAGGUCCAUAAAGACCUGCGCAGUCUAGGGGGAAAAGGUGCCAACACAAAUAGAAAAGCAUGUGUGUAUGUCCCAGAAUGCAGCACAGGCCUGCACAGAACUGUUAAAGUGCCCAUGAGUGAAGAGGAGAAGGCUGCAAAACGUAGGGAGAGCUGGCGUAUCAAAAAGAGAGAGCAAAGAGCAAAACGUGCUGAAAAGCUAAAGAAGGACAGGGAGAGGAUGCAGUGUUUUAGUAAAGGACAGCAGGAUACUGGGAAGCAUUCCCGCUUGGCUCCUGCACGUUCUUUAUUCUCGGUCAACACAAUGGCUUCGAAAGGAGCCAAGCAACAUAACUCUGUUAUGUCUGUUGACCUAAUACUGAGUGAUGGAAAACCCGUUCAUUUUACAGUCAAAAUGGAAAGUGACAUUUUAUCAUCACCCAAACAGCAAUCAGGUGACACUCAAGGGCCAGUAACCAAAAACUUCUCACCGGUUUUGGCUACGAGAGCUAAUCACUUGCAAGGCACAAAACCAAAUAAUAUUUCGAUGCAUUCUGGGGUUUCUCAGCAGACUUUGAGCACUGCCCAGGUGACUAACCAAUCCAAACGGCUGCAGCAUAAGUUUAUACGAAAUCAAAAGAGGCACAGCAUACUACAAGGAGAUAAUAAAGUGGAGACGGCCGCGGAGAGGCAUGCCAAACAAAGGGAGUACUGGCGAAUCAAAAAGCGGGAGCAAAGGGCGAGGCUCUCUGCAGAAGCAAAAGCCCGUCUGAAGGAGAGGGCUGCAAUGAGGCGCCGCUCAGAGAGCUGCCGUGGCGUCCUGGAGCAAACGCAAGCGACUCGGACUAGCUUCCAACAUAGAGUCCCACAAGCAAAAAACAGCACGCUUGCCAGUGCCUCUGAGACCAUCAGUGGUUUUAUCAGAGAAGAUGGUACAUUAACUGUCCCCACCACAGGGACUUCGGCUGAAAUUCUUCUGCCAGCUAGGAGUUGCAGUUCAUCUGCAGUAAAAUCAUCAAGCCUAGCUGGUCCAUCAGUCUCUCAGUCACAAAAGCUGGUCAGCGCUGGAAGCAGGUCUGCUGUACAUGUCUUUCCAUAUAAUACGAAUUCCUCAGUGAAUAUUCACCAAAGGUCUACUGGUCAGAAGAUUUCAACUGUUGAGCCGCUAGUCAGAUCAAAACUAGCUAGCAGUACAACAAACCCUGAAAUUCUUAAAGGCUUAACAGAGACUAUUCAGGUUGAAAAGGAGGAUAGGAUGACAAGAACGGAGUUGGGGAGUUGUGGUCCCUCUUCCGCUGUUACGCCAAGUAUAAUCUCGGCGGCACAUGAUACCAUAAAACAAGAACCCAGUUAUCCCUCAAUAGAUUCCGUCUAUUCCCUCUCAAAUCAGGAUCUGAAUAUUAACAUUAAACCCUCACCUUCCCCUUCUUCUGAGACCAUGGCUGAAAUUGGUGACAGCCAGGCCACAACUCUCUUGGUGGUGGCCUCUAUGAAGAAGCUCUUGGAAGAGUCUCUUAGCUCUGUUGUGGACAGCAAUACCUUUUCUAUGGGUGAAGAAGUGCUUCAGUCAUGUAAAACUGAAAAGAGACCCUGUCAUCAAGAGGAGACAGAUAAAGACAUAAGUCUCAUCCAUUCUCCAUUAUGUGUAGAAGUGGAGCGCGACUUCUCGGGGGACACUAAGCCUGCCUUCGAGAUCAAACAGAGUCCAGUUCUCUGUCUCCCGCCCCCUCAGGCUCAGGUGCCUGACUUUUCUGCCCAGAGCCCUGUCCUUUUGCACAUGGACUCCUCAGUCCUGCUCCCUUCUGCUGGAACUGCCCCCGCUGAAAGCUCAUGCUUUGGUCAAGGUUCAGAAGGCGAAAGAGCUAAACUGCCAAUGGCUGCAGGAACAAGGCCCUUGCAAAGACGAACACAGGGAUGUCGAGGGGAGACCACAGGACCUCUGCAGUGUCAUCCCCCAGAGGCCCGUGGAGGUCAGCAGCUGAAUGAGAGCAGCGAGCUCCAGAGGAAGAGAGAGUACUGGCGAUUAAUGAAAAGACAACAGAGGGCCAGAAAGGCCAAAGAGAAGGAGAGAAGUAAAGACACCAUGCUGCAUAAACAGCCAUCUCAGUCAGUAAAGAGGAAAUGUGACAACUCUCACACCUAUCAGCCCGCAGUGGCUAGGUCAGUGAGUCACACGCGCUUCGACAGCUGUGCCAUUCCAGCUACUGUCACCUCAGCUCCCUCCCAUCUAGUGUUGAGCUCCACUACAUCAGCUACCCAACAGUCUUCAAAUGGUGGAAGGCAGCUAUUUCUGGAAGCAGAACAGGCUAAGAGAAUAUCUACUGAGGCUCCUCAGGUGAAGCAGUGGCAGCUACAGGUGCAGGGAGGUGCUCCCACUCCACCCCCCAGACCAAAUGCUGUCACAUUCACACAAAUGAACCGGGCCAAGUUCCCAGGUCCGCAAGCCCAGACCAGAGGGCCCUUCAUGACUAAAUUAAAAAACAAUCAAAGCCACUUUAAGGCAAUCUCAAAUCAAGAACUAGAUGCAGAUGAGCUCGUAAGAAGGAAGAGGAUGCAUUGGAGAAUAAAGAAACAGGAACAAAGAGCAAGAAAGGCAGCACGGGAAAGAGAGCUCAGCCAGGAAAGAGCACACAACCUUUUAGGACCCACAUCUAGCAACGUUAGUGAGUUAACUCAGCGUACUCCACUAGACAGAAUGGACUUCCUUCCUGAGCAGUGUCAGACUAUGUCUUUUAAAGAAGAAGCAGAGCUGUGUUUCAGCCCCGCCGACGAUUGCUCAGACGAGCCUGUCUCAGAGGUCAAGUGGAGGAGCGCCUACCUCAUGGAUUACGACCCGGUUCACCAGUUGCUGGUGUGCAUGGUGUGCGGGCAGCAGCAGUAUGCCCUCAGCGUGGAGGGGGCGAGAGCUCACAUCGAGGAGGCCCACCCUGGCACCCUGGCCCUGGAUGAGAGGGAACGCCAGCGUAUCCUAACGGCCUGGGACGAGCAGGUGGCUGUGAGAGAGCGCUUCUUCACCAGCCAGCUCUGGCAGCAUGGCUGCAGCCUCAAAGGAAAGAGUGAGGAGCCCACGGCUGAGGUCGAAGUGAUUCUGGACCCCGACGACCUUAAACAAGCCAGUAUGUGAAUAUCUUCCCAGGCCCCCGGCUCUGGUAAGCUGUGACUGGUUCCCAAUGAGAACGACUCACGCUGCCAAGGCAACUGGAUGUUGUGCGUCACGGUUUGUAGAAGGAACAUGAGCUAAGGGACAAGAGCGUAAGGAGUUUCCAUCACUGGGGAUGGAUAUCCAAAUGCUCUUUUUAAAUAAAACUCAAAAACCUAGUGAGGGCUGACAGACCUGCAUUGCACCAUGAGGCCUACUGUCCUCCCUUAAGCCUAAGCUCUCUUCAUGGAAGUGACCUAACACAUCAGCCAUAGGUUUUCCUAUCUGGAUUGCACUGCAUUAAUGUACUGCAGACAUUUCUGUAGAAAAAUGGGCAAAAUGACACAUACAGUGUUAAAUGUCAUUUGUUGAAAGGUAUACAUUUAAUGUAUGUUUAAUUUUUGAAGUCGCCAGGAUGAAUAUGUUAAUGGUCAGUAGCUCUUUGGGCUGUAGAGCUUUCUUGACCUGAGACGUUGUGUUCAGUAGCCAGUAGGUCUCUUCUGUGGCAUGCUGUUUGCUCCAUUAUCUCACCCCGGUGCAUUAGAUGAUCUUUUGAAACAACUCCCCUGUUUAAGUUACUAUUACCUACUGAAUAUAUCUACACAAACAGCUGUAAUGUUACAUGUUUGAUUAACACUCAGCCAGUCAUAUAACUUGUAUGUAUACAUUUGCUACACACACUUUUUUGCAAACUUCAGUUCUUCAGUUUUUUUCCCCCCACAUACUUGUGCUUUGUUCUUAUUUAUAUAGAUGCUAAAGAGCCUUUAAGUCACUUGUACAUUUUUUUAUUAUUAUUUCAAACUCUAUAUUAAGCUAAAAAGUAAAGUUGGCAAAUAGACUUUGGCAUGGUUUGCCAAAGCUUAUUACAAACUAAGAGAAAUGCAAGCUGUCUAACAUCACACAUGGAGGCGCUUGCUUGAAAAUUAAAUAUCCAUGUGAUUUGGGCAGACCAACUUCAUUACAGGAGCCAACUUCAUUUAAGCAAGAAUAAACAAGCAAGCAAAUGCAUUUUUUGGGAACUCAUCAACAUCUUUAAAAUGCAGCAUAUCCAUUUUCUAAAAAUGGAUUACAGUGUGUUUAGGAAUAGUAGUGAUUGGUAUUAGAGUUUUGUAGAAUUUUUUAUUAAUUUGUAUUUUUUUUUCUCUAUACAUGGCCUUAUCACAUCUUUUUUUUAGCUAAUAAAGUCUUUUUGUACCCUU